CACCGAGGGUUCCCAGCUUCCAUUUCCGCACCGCCGAACUUUUUUCGAACAGAAAUUGGUGUUCAAAUUUGUGUCCUUUCCUCACCACAACAAAUAUUUGAACUAAGAUUCGGAUAAGAAAAUCAAUGUCCAAAACUCGAAUAGACAAUAAAUUCAUACACAACAUAAUUACUUUUCGAAAUUGAUGCACUGAGAAGACCGUGAGUUGGAUGCCGAGAACUCGGAGGAUGCAAAACGAAUUGUUUUCGCAUCAACAUCGGAGAGGUGGACCGGCCUUUUCUUGCGGUGUCGUAGAUUUCAUUUCUUAACUUGUGUUCGUUUGAGUCACGAAUCCCAUUCGUAGUGAGAAAAUGUUACGAAGAUGGAAUCUUGUGGUUCGGGACUGGGGUUGGAUCCGCGAAAAUUCCCAUUUACGUACUGAGGGAAUGAAAUUAUCCUUUUUGCGGAGCAUGUGUUCUAGUCAUGACUACCCUCUUACUAACCUCAUCGUCAUUGCUUUAUCUACACCUUAGGAUAUUCUAGAUUUUGCAAACAGCAGAGGGGAACGCCGGGCUGUAAGCUUCUAAAUUGCACGCUAUCGCUAUCAUCGAAUACCACAUUGAAAAAAGUCUGUCGCUGUACGUUUUGGAAAGGGUUCUGCCGAUCAAGAUGUCUUCUUCGGAUUAAGAGACGCCCAAGUGGCCACAACACCAACGCAACAUAAAUCAACAUAGGAAACUAUCAUGGAUCCAACACCAGAAGAAGCCGCAGAAGGUUCCGUUCUUGUCAAAGUACUAGCUGCAGUCCUUGAACGGUUGGUGAAGUCCAACGCCGCAACCGCUAGGACAGAUCCCGGUCAAGUGACAAAGUUUCAUGCGCUGAAGGCACCAGGGAUCGGUGUGGAAUCUUAUUUGGACAGGUGUGUAGCUGUUGUCAUCAGGAAGUAUCAUCAAUGAUUUAUUGAACCCUCUCMGACCUGUGUCUGACCUUCAUUUGAUUUCACCGAUUUCGAAUCUAUUUCUUUCUUAUGCGAAGAAUUCAAAAAUAUGCUUCUUGUUCGAACGAGUGUUUUAUACUGGCACUUAUAUACAUUGAUAGAUUGAUUGAGGGUAACAAUUUCUUGCUUACGGAGCUGAAUGUCCAUCGGGUAGUAAUAACAGCCAUUUUACUGGCCGCAAAGUUCUUCGAUGAUGCCUACUACAACAAUGCUUACUAUGCAAAAGUUGGCGGUGUAUUGGUGAACGAGUUGAAUGGGUUAGAAGUUGACUUCUUGUUCCGGAUAAACUUCAGCUUGCAUGUCCAACCUGAAGAAUUCGAGAAGUACAAGGCUCAGCUUGUGACACAUUCGAUCAAUUCAGGAAUAAUACCGCUCGCCUCACCGGUAGCACCCCCCCAUCAACUUCAUAAUAUUCCCGAAACGGAUUCCGAUACGACAACUCAAUCAAAAUAUAAUCAGCAGCAGGCUACAAUGCAAGUAGCAACAGCGGUAGCUGUGUCGACCUACGAUUCAAUUAUGACCGAUAGAACUCAAGUAACACCUUCUCCAAACAAUUGCUUGCAAGAUACAACCACUAUUGGAAAUACAUGCGGUCAAAUCCAAACGUGCUCUACCGCGGCUGGAGCUCUCGUACAGGCACCAACGCCACGAGAUCAAAGAGACCUUCAUACAAUGACUGCAGCCAAAAAUUCUAUUCAGCGCACAUUUGUUUUGGAGAGGGCUAAUUCUCUUCCGCCAUUUUCUUCUGUACGUUGUGUAGAUCACGCGUUCAAACUUCCAUACAGUGCUCCUGCCAUGCCUACGAAAGCUCCUGCUUUGGACGUAGAUCAGAUGCAAUACCAAAUGAUGAUGAAUCAACUAUUUCCGAUCGAGAAUACUCUGGUGCACCACAAUCAUCAGUGUCCGACUUCAACAAUGACUGCACCCACUAAUAUUUCAAAUCAUCAUGCCAAUCCAACGGGGGGACUUGGUGGACAUCAUCCCGGAGGGGUUCUGGGACCAAUGGCCUACGAAGUUGCUUGGAGCGGAUAAGAGUAAAUAUCAGAUAUUGUGAAGGAUGGCAUUUUUCCAUUUCAAUCCUGAAGUCUUCACGAAUCCUGACUGAUUGAAAUGGCAGCUUUUGAGUCUAUUAUUAUUAUUGAAGAUUUCCAUUGCACUAGUGAGAAGACGCCGAUGCUAUAUAUAUCUCACGAGUUUUAGCUGCUUGGCAAUAAUUUACAAUGAUACUAUUUCUUUGAACAGUUCAAAGACAUCAGAAAUCAUCGUGAAGUCGAGAAGAGAUGGCAAAGAUUUCGGUCAUAUUGAAAACUAAACUAGUACGACUUCUUACUGGCACGGUAUCGUAGUUUCAACGAGGAACGAAAAAAAUUGCGUAGAAUGAACAAAUUACGGUAGGGUAA